AUGCUUUUCCUCCCAGCUGCUGCUCUGUGCUGUCUGUGUUCAGCGCUGGCUGCCAUGGCAACACAGCUGAGUCAGGAGGAUUUAACUCUGACCAGGAGAGUCGGUGAGAGCGUGUCCUUCAGCUGUGGAGGAACUGAUCAGUGUCGUAGUGGUUGGCCUGUAACCUGGUACGAGAAGAAAAAAACAGAAACAUUCAAAGCAAUUCUUAAUAUCAAAAGUGAUGGUAGCACAGAGAAACCUUUCAAUCAUCCUCUAGAAAAAGAUUUCACAGCUGAGAGAAACAAGAACAUCUGUAAACUGAAGAUCGAUACAGUUAAAAUCGAUCAUAUAGCCUCCUACUACUGCGGCUGUUGGAAGUCUGUCUUUCUCACUGUGAAUGAAUACCUCUUUGGAUCUGGAACCAAGCUGGAUGUAACACCUAAAAAGGUGAAGCCGCCUGAGGUGACCGUGUGCCCGGUGAAAACAGAACCCAGUGAGGAGGGAAAGACCGCUCUGAUGUGUCUGGCCUCAGACAUGUUUCCUCCUGUGGUGCAGAUCUCCUGGAAAAGACAGGAGAAGAACAGCCAACAGGAGCAGCAGCCCCCUGCUGAGGAGAGACAGGUGGAGGUCAGCGGGUCUCAACGCUCUGCCAUGGUCCGGAUGGUUAAUGAUGAGAAUCUCUACAAUUAUAAAUACAUCUGCGAAGUUAAGCAUGAGGGCGGCAACGUGAGGAACCAAACAUGGAUCCAAGAACCUAAAGAUCUUCCACCUUCAACAGCAGCAGCUCCCACUCAUCCACCAGCAGCUUCUAAUCGCCCUCAGCUCCCAGUGAAGCCAUCAGUGUCCUUCCAGUCUCAGUGCAGGGUGAAGCUGCUCCUCCUGCUCUACACAGUGCUGAUAGUGAAGAGUCUGGUGUACUGCUGUGGACUCUCUCUGCUGAUGAGCCUCAGAACCAAGGGACCGUCCACCAACUGAACACAUGCUGACUCACUGCUUUCUCACCAACUUUCAGCAAAUCUUGGCAACUUAUCAUUUUUAUCCCCAUCAAUACAAGUCAUCAGGGUCAAAGUGUAAAAGUUAAAAUUGAUUUAAUGUUGCUUGAUUUUAAUAUUUCUGCCAAGUAAUUUCUGUAUUUGAUAGUAUAACCUAAAUAGUUCUGAGUGGAUUAGGAUAAAAAUACCAGACCAUCUGAAUUGGGACAAAGACCAGAUGAUUAGAUUCUGGUGCUAAUGUGAACCAUCUUCUGGAUUUCAUUGAGGUCUCAGCUCUCUGUCUGCUUUUUGUAAUUUCAGCUGAUUUAUUUUUGCAUUUUAUUUUUAAUACUAUGCAAACACACUGUUUUGUACGUUCUUUUUAUUCUGCAGUUUAUUAAACAAAAUAUCCAUCUUGUGAAAAUGUCUAAUUUUUAUAUCAGCAAAAUUUAAUUCAUGUAAAUUUAUUUAAAUGAAGAAAAGAAUAAAAUAUU